AUGCUCGGCGGGGGGGCACCCAGUGCGUCUGUCAAACGCUAUGCUUCGUCCUCUUCCUUUUCUUCUUUUCCUUCUUCGUCUGUUCAGCCUCGCUGUCCACUCGGCGACGGAGGCGCGCCUCCGGCUUCCCACGCAUGCUGUGCCCUGUUGACCUGCGAUUUCUGUUCAAGAAGCUUCCACCUAGAGUGCCUCGACCUCCCGGGAACUUUCGCUCCGAAUCCGGCGAGAGAGUGGCUCUGCUUCGUCUGCGUCGAGCGGGCUGAAGCGCUCGCGAAGACCCGCGGCGCUCUCCCCUCGACUCCGUUUAGUGACGAAGAAGACAGCGACAACGAGGACGAGGGGCUGGCAGCGAGGCACAGCGCGGGCGGGGACGCGAUCGACUCCGAAGAAAGCAGAGAGGCAGCGGAUGAAGAGGGAGAGGAAGCCCAGACGCAGGGCGCCUUGAGAGGCAGGAGAGGAGGCAGCAGAAAACCACCUAAGACGUCGAAGGAAGGUCCGGACGCAGAGUGGACAGUCGAGGUCAUGAGUCUCGUUCUAAAGUCACCUGAGGAAAUGGCAACCCGGCCUCGGUUUCGCGAAGAACGCGGAGCUUCGUUUUCCGUGGCUUCAAAUGAAAGUUGUCCGCCCCUCCCAGCUGCAUCAGAGGCACCGAGAAAAAGCGUGACGCUUGCCUUUUGCAACCCCACAAAGUCGGAAAGACACGAGAGGCCUUUUCUCGGUCUCUCCUCUGCGAGCGCAUGCAGCGAACAGCAGUCAGCCAGGCUCACCGGCACUGGCCUCGAAUCCUCAGCGGGGACGCGGUUCAACUUGCUUCCUCUCGCCUCGUACGGAAACUCUGGUUUUCACGGAGGACCGGACAGUGACGCAGCCUGUAUGCGUGAAGCGCCACCGGCGGAUCGCGGGGACACGUUUGGAAAAAAGGGAGGGGGAGAAGAAGCAGAAGUCGAGGCGAAAGGUGAAAAUGGACACCAGAGAGAGCGCUGCGAGGGGAAUGGACAGUGGAACGAAGAAGGAAAAGAAGGCCUCGAUGAGAAAAGAGUCGAAGGCGAAAGCGGCGAGGAAGACACUAACCGAGGGGGAGAAGAAAUAACGGAAAAGCACGAACGCGGGGUUCAGACAGGAGACAGCCGAACGGGACAUAGCACAGCGGAAGAGGAGAGACGAACUGAGGCAGAGGAAAGGGGCGAGGCGUGCGGAGAAGAAAGGAAAGAAGAGGAGGCAAGUGGCGAAGAGCUCAACGCGACGGUAAAGACCAAAGUCGAGGAAGAAGCGGAAAGAAAAGCAAAGCGGGAGGAGCCAGUUCGGGACAGAGAAGACGCAGCAGAGGUCCAGAUCACGGCGGAAGGCCAAGCUGCACUAGCCGGACGUGGAAAGGAAGACGAACGGCACGCAGAGGAGAAAGGAGAAAGAGUAGACAAAGAAAGGAAGCGAGACAAAAGCGAACAAGAAGGGGGAAACCACCAAGGAAAAGAAGGGGAGAUGCAGGAAGCAAAAGGCGAGGAAACUGGUAAACAUGAAGGAAGACAAAGAGACAGAGAGGUGAGACAGAGACAGGAGCAGUCGAGGGGCCACAACGAGAAGGAACGCGGCGGUAGUGCGAAGGGGAAUGCGAAGCCCCAUGCCCCGUGUUUUUCUGCCUUCUCGAACAGUCCGAUGACCCUCGUCGCUGCAAGCCUGAUCCCACGGCAAGGCGGCAUCCGACGCUCGGGGGAAGGUGGAGGAAACCGUUUGGAGAGGCGUAUGCAGACAGAGAAGGACGGGGAAACGAACGAGGAGGGCGAAACGCACAGCGAGAGUGCUGGAGCCUGCUUGGCUGCGGGAAGUGAAGCGCGAGAACCACCCGAAGAGAAGCAAAGACUGACUGGAGCUGACGCCGGGGAGGAGAAAACGGAGAUGGAGGCAAGAGAAGAAGGACGUUCAGGUAUCUCUCCCGCUUUGGCUGGGGGCGACGUGGCGAGAGGACAUGCAGUGAAGACGGAGAAGAGACAGUGUGGUGAAGGCGAACUAGACCUGCGUUUCGUUCCGUCCCACGUCACGCAGAUGGAGAAAGGCCUUUCACUGAAAGACAAGGGAGUGGGGAACCAGAAGAAAAACGGGGAAACGGAGGCAGGCGCAGCUAUGGUCGUACGGAGGGCCUGCGAAGACGGCAUUGAGCAGAUUUUCAUUGCAGAAGAAAACACUUUCGUGAGUGUCUCGCGGUCAACGAAACAGUCGGCCUCGCUACCCUGCAAAGAAGAUGCGGUCAACAGUGCACUUGGCGAAAGUGAGGAAAAGCGAGAAAUGGUAAUACGCCCAGGUGAAGACAUGCCGUCUUUUUGUGCCAGCAACGGGCUCUCGGAUUCGAUACCUAAAGCAGCUGUAGAAUGCGUUCGAGGAGCCGUCGAGCAGAAAGCGAGCUUUGGAAAUCCUGUUGGGUUCGAUCCUCCAGUCGUCUCGGAAGGAAGCCGCCGUCGCCUCGUAGUUGAAGCCGCGAGGGCCGCGGGCUCCCACAGCGAAAGAGAGGAGCCGGCACGCGAGGAAGGCGUUCCAGAAAAAGGACUGUUUUCGCUUUCCAGAUGUGACGCAGAGCGUUUUCAUAUUCCACCUAGGAUAGCUUCGAGUGCGAGAUCAGUAGGCGACCUCGGGGAGGUCGGAGAGGUAAUACUCAGUCAUGAGCAGGGCGCAGACCCGCCUUUGGUCUGGGAAGGAAGCACCCACGCUCAGCAGGUGCCUGUCGAAUCGUCAGUAGACGUUUCCAAUGACAAACACGAAGCGGCGAAGCCGCUCUCUAACGAGAGGGGGCUACCGUUCCACCCUGGAGAAAUCCCCCCUGUUCCGGUGAGGGCCACACCGGUGGUAGACAGCGUGGAAGAAGCCCAGGUGAGUCGGUGUCCGGGUGAAGUUUCGUGUUGUCUGCCAAUCUUUGAAGAGAAACUGUCGCACUCCGCAUCUUGGAAAGCUGAGAACUCGACUGCGCGUGGACACUUCCCGGCGCUGAGGAACCUCUCGAUCCAGUCCGACUUGUUAGAGGAGCCCUGGAGUUUCGUGGACGCGAAGCAUGCGGAUGAGAGCGAAGGUUCAGAGGUCGAGAAGAGUGUGCGAGGAACAGGGCGGGUCAGGGCUCUCGGGAAGUCGGGCAAAGCCGUCGAUCCGAGAGAAGAGAAGGAAGCAGAUCGCGUUUCUGAGGCAGCGACAAAGGCCGAAAAGACCCGACUUGUCGGUGGCGCAAAUGUGGAGAGUGAAGAUCGAAGAAACGGGCAAGCCGACACGCAGCUGGCGCUGGCGGGGCCGGCUCCUUUCCAUGAACGUGCUUCUUCUGCCGCCUGUGCGCCCUCUUCCUUCUCCUCGUCUUCGUUUCUGGCGCACGCACUCGCGACGCACCUGGUCUCUCUACACCCUUGCGCCGCGUGCUUCGUGGGCCUUUUCCCCCUCGGCCGGUCGCUUCUGGAAAUGGCCAUCCACUGCCGCAUUCAGCGGCAGCAUUUGUGUCAGCCGAACGUCGCUCCCCACGUCCUCGUCUCUCAAAUGUCUUCCCUGCCUGUCUCGAAGAGCGCGAGGGAAAUGGACGUCUCGUCUCCCGAGAAGGCAACCCCUGGAGGCCCUUUGCUCUCGGAAGCAGAGCCAGGAAGAGACUUUAACACCCGCAAGCUCGCGCCAAGCUUCGCUGUCUCUACGAUCCCGCCUUGCGCGCCUUCGUCCUUGCGUCCCCAGACUUUCUCGCCCCCUCCGUCUCCCGACGCUGCACCGCCUCGCCAGUUCUCCAAACUGUCCUCCACAGAAGAAGGUCGACAGACAGCCAGCGAGAGGGCGCCGCAUGCAGCAGCUGAAUUGGGGUCGGCACUGUGGCUCGUCGACGGCGAGAGAGAGCGGCUGGUGGGCCGCCACAGAUCGUUCGCCGCGUGCGCGCUCCUGCUGGAUACCUCGCCGCGCCCAACAAGCGUCUACGGCGUCGAGCCCACAGACGAAAAGGGAGUUCAAAGCGCCCAGCGGCGAGCUUCCUCGCACGCCGACGGCGCGAGAGUGCAGACAGCAGAGAGGCCCGCCAGAGACAGACGCAGCCGUUUUCGCCGAGACGCUGCGCGGUACUUUAGGCUUCCAGAGAGCAACGCCCCGCCUGGCGCUCGCGGGGACCCAGUCGCUUCGGCUCCGACUCCCCAAGGGAGUGCGCAAGGACAGGAAGCCCGAAACGCGCGCGCCCAGCCUGAACGCGCUCGGCUCUGCCUAAAGGCGCCGGGGGCCGGUAGCGGGUCUGGCCGCUUCCGGUGCCUCUCCGAGGGUGUAGAGGCAACUGCAGGGGGCGAAGACGGCUCAUCCCGCCACUCGCUUUCCAAUGCCGCCUGUCCGCAGAAGGACAGGAAUACGUAUGGGACGCUAGGAAUCGGAGGGCCGUCCGGGCCGACGCCCGAGGCUCGCGCGUCGAGUGCGCGCGGGGGUGGCUUCCCCGGGGCUUCCGCGGCGGAUGCGGAAACGCGACGGCGUGCGGCAGAGACAGUGGAGGGCAGACGCGAGCAACUGUUUCGGUUCCUCGGAGUUGAUGAAGAAAGGAGUAUUUUCCCCCCCGGCGACGAGGAAAGUGAAGACCUAGAGGGCGACGCAUCAGCGGAGGACGCACGCAGUCGCCGCGAGCUUGAACGCGUGAGAGACACCAUACGAAUCCUUUUCCGCGUCUUGCAGGCCAGCGAGCGAGAUAACGGCGAACUUUCCAGAAGGCUCACAGAGCGAAGGGUAAAAGACGUUGGAGCCGGCAACCAGAAGGCGCGACGUGAGACGUGCGGACCCACGGCGAGACAGGCGGUGCCCUUUGCCCGCGCGAGCGAGCCUGAGAGGCAAAGGAAGAGAAGGAGGAAAUCGCGAAAACAGAUGGAUGCUGGUGGCAAGGCCACCUCUCAUUUUUCUUCAGGUGAUGGCGACAGUGAACGCGUCACGCAGCCCCGCCGCCGAGUUUCCGAACCAUGCUGGGACUCCCAGACUCCCUUCGGGGAAAUUUCCGUUCCUCGCGAUUCCACCGCUUCCACCGGCCGCGUUGUCGCCUUUCCCUCGCGAGGCCAGGCGCUGGAUUCGGUCUCCUCCGGUCCACAGAGCGUCUCAGAACGGAGCGACGAAGACGUCGAGGGGAGCGCGAGAUGUCAGAGGCACUCAAAUGACGAUUCGGACGCGUCUUCCGGACGGACGUCGGAUUCGUCUCCCUCUUCGUUGUCCUCUUCGUUGUCCUCUGUGUCAGGCAGUUCACAGGAAGAGAGAGAGGGCGUGGGUGAGGCGAUGCCGCUGCACGAUCGGAACGGGGCUCUGGACUCCCGAACGGAAGGAAAACGCUUCAGAAACCCCUCGCCUCGCGCUGCACACACAGUGCGGGAGUCAGCGCCCACGCCAGCGUCCCGAGCCCCGAGUGUCGGAGACCGCGCCAUCUCUGCACCGUUUCCACGUUGGUCUGACGUGAAGCCUGCGGGACGAACGUGGCGAGCAGUCCGCGGCCAAGCGUCGCGGUGUCGGGGAAGGGGCCUCGCGAGAAGGCGAGGGCGAGCGCGAGCGCGCGUCGCCAGCUCGGGUCCUCCACGUUUCGCCGCUGCCGGCGAUCCUCUGUCGACUCUAGACACUGGCACAGUCACCAGGCAGACAGAACGGAAGAGACGGCGGGCUUCAGAGCCCAAACCGGAGAGAGAUUUCCUGCAAGUCUGUUUGGCGUCGCCUGCCAGUGGGCUUGUGUUCUCGGAGGAAGAAGACGGAGAGACACGCGAGGUGGGUGCGCAGCGAUCAGGGGCGGAGGCCGGAGCGUCGGAAGAACUCGAGCGAAACGGUGAGGCCGCAGAAGCGAUCGGGGCAGAAAUCGAGGGGAAGGCAGGACUCGCCAGCGAACGCGCAGAGCGACGAGAAUCAAACUUCGCACCAAACACGAUACAGGAAGCCGCCGGAGACUCCGUGGAGGCAGCGAAGCCUGGGAGCCGCCGGAGGUCGGAGAAGGCCGGCGAAGCGGACUUUGGGAGGGAAAAAGGAAUUCUCGAAGAAAGAGAGAGUCCAAGCGACCCUGCAGCAGACGAGGAAGUGCGAUCCAGCGGCAAAGCUCUGUGGAUUCGCCAGAGAUGCCCCGCGCCAGACCCGAGCGAUCGCCCGAGAGACACCGGUACCCGGCCGGAGACAGGAUACGGAAGGACAGAGUGUGAGAAAACGCGAACAGGGAAGCGGCCGGAGGAGCCGCGGACGGAGCGAAAAAGCCCAGGGAGAGAACACAGUCGGCGAAGUCUAAGAGAAGAGAGUUUUCGAGAGAGAGAAGAAGAAAUACAGAAGGCCAGAGACCACCAACACCUCCUGCGGCUCCUCACCGCCGAGGCAAAAACGCUCCGGCCCUGGAAGGAAGGAAUCACCUGGUCGAAGACACACGGAAGAUGGGUCGUGACAGCACCUUCUUCCCGCAGCAGAAUUCCCGCUCGGGCCUUCACUCCGCACACGGUCGACGAGGUAGCUGCGACGCUGGCCGGCGCGUGCGAGUAUCUAGACCAGUGUCUAAGAAUUUUUAGACGUCCGAAUGGGAGUCGCGCAGCGUGGAAAAAAGGAAUCGAGCCUGGCGACCCGGCGACAGAUGCAAAGGCCCCAACGGGGUCUGAGCCGCCUGCAGGGGACGAGGGAGAGUAUCUGCACGAAGCGCGGGUGGAGACAGCGAGGAGGGAGACAGAGGGAGAGACGGAAACGAAGGCAGUCGGCGCAGCUGCAGCAGGUGGCUGCCUACGUAACAGGAGAGACGACGCGUCCCGUUCCACACAGAUGAGUGCAGACUGCGCGAGCGGCAACGGCGAAGCGAACGAGGCGCCAGUGUAUGCAUCGGAAACAACAGCAGGAGACCCUGCAGUCGCUGAGAAGACUGCGCUAGAGUCCAACGUGGCUGGGGCCCGUCCGGGCGGCAGGCGAGGAGGGAAGGCAAGAGUCGAGGAGGAGGCUGCAGAAGAAAGAGAGCAGAAAGGGAGCGCACUGACGGUGGACGCGAUCCUGAAGCAAGACAGGAAGAUGGUUAAAGAGUGGCACGACGGGCGAAUCUUCACAAGCUCCGAGUUGGACAAAAUCGCAGACAAAAUGCGCCCUCUGAGCUACCCCAUGACCUACUGGUUGAAAGGGCAACGUGCAUUCACAGUGAAAAUCUUCAAGUUCGAAAAAAUGGCGAUCGAUCCUUCCUCUUCCUCUGCUUCUCGUGAGGGUUUCCCUUCGAGUGGUGCGAGUGCCGGAAGAGAGCCACGGAGAGACGAGGAACAGCGUGAUCAGACGCAGGCGGCGAAAGAGGACGCGGCAGGAAGCAAAGCGCAGAGAAGCCACGAAAAGAAAAUGGGCGCGAGAGACGGAAAAGACGCACACGAAGGAAAAGAAGAGGCCGCACGAGAGACGAACGGCGAGGACCGCGCGUCGCGUGUCAGUGACCCCACCGCCCCGAAACCAUCUCCGUCUCCUAUGUUUAUUUUGCGGAACAAAAAGUACACAGGAUGCCGACGCUUUGCUCUGAAAGAAAAUACGUUGAAGUGCUUUUACGAAUCCUACGAGGAGGCCUGCCGCUACGCAGCCUCGUUGGGGUACCCGCCGACUGCCUCAGUGACUCGCGCCGGACCGGGGGCGACUCACCUGGCGUCGAACUCGGCAGACCAGCCGUCUUCGCGCGAAGCAGAUGAAAACACAGAGGGCGCGUCAAACGCGUUUCUAGAGAAGGAAACUGCGCAUAGAACUGCAACCACCACAGACGGAACUCAGAACCCCAGCAGAGCUCUCCUCGCUGCGACACCCGUAAAGGACGCCGAGGCAGGAGACUUUCACGCCAGGGGGAAGAAGCGCAGCAAGGAAGCACUGAAGGAGGAGCAGGAAACCCCCGGAGGAAAACUCACUGCCGCGAUCACAAAUGGAGGAAGGGGAAAGAGAGGAAGAAGAGACGGAAGGGAAGACGAAGAAAAAGGGACGGAGCAGAAACAUGAACAGUCCGACGGCGGCUCCGCACAAAACCUGAAAGCUAAGGAUGGGUUCGAGAGCGGAGCCCGUCCAGGGGACAGUUGCAGCGAAGGGGUUCUCACUGAAAAAAGAAAACCGAAAGUAGCAUGGAAAGCGGUGAAAGACGACGAGGAGGAAGAUGCGUUACUCAGUGAGCUUCUUGCUAGACGGAAGGCGGUACGGCGAAAGCGCGACGGAAGCCUGAAAAAACAAGUCACACACCGGACCUCAGACGCGUACGAAGAGUUGGAAAAACAAACCAGUAGGAGUGAAGUGAGGGUGAAGAAGCACAGAGGAAAGCGACUGCAGACGUCUCACACCGCGGCGUCAAGUCUGCUGAACGAGGAAGAACCCGACACAGGGAAAAGACGUGGACCCGGCCUUGACGUUGGUGCACCGGGUGGCAUUCGCGCAGCCGGCACGGACGACAACACGCCGACUUUGAAAAGGCAGGCAGAAGCAGAGAGGAGAGACGAAGCACUGCAGUCACCGGGCGUCAGCUACAGAGCUGGAGCAAACGAUAGUGCGAUGAGAGAGAGUGGGAUAGAGCCUAGAGCAGCAGAGGAGAAGGAAGAGAGAGAAGGUUUCAGAAACCAGGUCACGGCGCCAGAGAUUGCAGAUUUUGAAAACCUAGACGGUGCCGGUGUGGCAGGAGAGACGAGACAAACAGGAACGGAAAAGGCCUCUCGGGACUCCGAUGGGAAGAGAGGGGGCGACGAACACCACACGAGUGAGGACGACAGGAAGGAAGAAGCUAUAGGCAGAAAGACCGGGUCAAGCCGAGGUCGACGAUGCCACUCUGAGGACGAUGAGCCGGAUGUUUCGCUUCAGAAACAGUCUUCCAAAGUGAAGCUGGUGGCACAGCGAAACGUCACAGAGCGCAUUGUUGUUGACGGGGAAGAGAGCGUCAAGGGCACCAAGGGUUCGGAACGGCCGACUCCCCUCUUCACGUGCGGGUCGGAAGACGCAAAGGAAGAGAUGCAGCAAACACCAGAGACUGGUGUCGCUGAUUAUGGCGGACCAGGCGCUGAGACGCGGAGAAGCAGCGACGAAGACGAGAGGCCGAACGGCACAACAGGAAGAAGAAAGGAACCAGGGGGACUGAACAGGGCACUUUGGAGCCACAAGGGAGUCGAGGUGAGUAUCACCGAGCGUAGGGGAGGGACCAACGUAGAGAAAGGGAAUUGCCCAGAGGAACGGAAGGCAGAUUUGGGCGAGAUCGAGGUACUUGGCCCUUCAGAUGACAGCGCGGCCGGCAGGUGUGCAGCCAGCGAGGGGGACCAGAACUGCGAAACGCGAGGAAGCAUUCACGGACACGAUACACGUCCCCCAAGAGGAAACGGUUCGCACGUUUUCGUGGCAGACGGAGGUAACGAUGCGAACAGGGACGCCAGCACUGACCAGCGGCCUCUCCCAGCAACUUUCCAGCAUUCCCCCUCUCCGUCUGCCCCCUCCCUAGCGUUGGUGCUCUCUCCCUCAAGCCAUCCUGCUUCUCCAUGCCCCAGCAGUAGCAUGGCCCUUCCCUUCCAAGGGGACAGAGCAAGUCCCGCAGCGAAGGAGGCACAUCUCCAGGAGCCUGAGCAGAGAGCGUCUCCGUCGUCCGAAGUCCGAGACACCACUCUGGGUUCGUGUGCUCGGGAAAUGGAACAAGAACGAGACAGGACAACGUGGGGCGCCUCAGAGAUUGGGAUUGUGAUUCGAACGGCGCAGCCGUCGUCUGAACGUUCUGAAGACGGUGGCCAGCCUACUAACCCUUACUCUAUGAGGGAUGAGAGAGACGGAUCAGAACGGGGUGUGGCGAACGUUUCGCAAAGAGAAGAAGCCCGCGCAUCUGGCGACGCAGCUGGAAGUCUACCUUUUGGUGGCGAGCCAGAAAGCCUUGCAAAAACAAAACAAGACCGUAGCCAAGGAGAGCCCGGCGCUAUGGCAAUGAGUGCGGACAACAUCGAAGAUGAGAGAGUCGAAGAUAGUAAGGAGAUGAAAAAGAUCCAUGCUUCAAAUGAUGCAACGCGUUCAUCACCUGUAGGAGACCCGGAGGUGACCGCGACAGGAGAACGAGAAAGACAGAGUAGCGACCGGGGAACACAGACCGGAAACGUCGCCCCUGCAGAGACGAGGGACGAGGAAACAUUUUGCCCACCCAGUGCGAGUGCCAGGCAUCAAUCGGCGAUCGCCUACUGCUGCGUGAGUUCUAUGGCCACGACGCCUUUGCCCAGACACACAGACAUUAGUUGCUCCAGGUUUCUUCAGAGAGAGGGAAGGUCGAAAAACGGGCGGCCAACAAGCGUGACGAUCGAUCCAUGGCUGAAGGGUCAAAGAAAUCGAAAGCCUCUUUUGCCAACAUUACGUCGCCUCGCCACAAGUGCCACUGGUCGCCAAGGUCAGAGAGCAUACACGCAACCUGACAGUUCCGCCUUCACUCUCUCCUCGACUGGAGUCAGAUCCGUCUGCGGGGAGUCGUCAGGGGAUGUUGAACCCGAAAGGGAACCAGAGCGCAAAGAGGACCCGACCGGGAUAGAAAACGCCCUAAACACGCGCGAAUCUUUAGAAUGCAAAGCCGACGACACUGCCACGCCUUGCGGUUUCCUCGAUAAGGGAAAUUCACGGCAAACAGCCGGUACACCUCUUCAUGGAUAUACACAACCAAACAGACGAUGCAGCGGCUCUGGACACGUGUCUCCCUAUGAUCGCUUCGGGGUGAGCAGCCCAAGCGUGGGCUGGCAGGUGACACGAUCCAAGAGACGCUGGAAAUACAGAAGCGAGAGCACAGCCAGUUACGAUGACGCCAGACAACGGACACGGAAGCCUUGCCUUUGUGGCAAGACUCCCCUUGCAGAGGGGUGGAGCCACAGGGGCUCAAGUGGGGUCUCACACCAACGACGUCGGUUCACCAUAGCAUUCUGCUCUCAUAAGGGAGGCGGACGUUACUCAGACGAACAAGCGAUAUCGCGUAGAGAACAAUUUGGGACAGAGCGCGCGGAGGGUAGCAGAUCACCAAAAUCACAAAAUUGUCCGGAGGGUUACGACACUCGCAACGUGAUCUGUGGGGAACCGGUAGACCCAGUCCAGAGUUAUACGCGCCAAGAACAAGCGCUUUCAAUUCCAGAUCAGGGAAAGCAAUCAAAGAUCAUACUCGUUCUUGGAGGGAUCCCAGCGCCUGGGCGUGAUGUCAUAGGCGGAGGACGCGAAUCCAGUGGAACGGCCGAACGACUCCGCCAGAUCGACCGAAGGGUGUCGGAAGAAAGAAGGACUCGCGAUGAGACAGGCGAAGGUGCAGACGGAGUAGAUGCAGACGCAGGUAGGGACUUUGCUUGUGGGAGGCGCACGAGUCCCAAGAAUGCAUCUGCGAGAUCCAACCAUAAAUCAGCAAAAUCUCCCUUCACACGGACGAAAACAGACCAGUAUCAAUGGCGCAGAGAUUUCCGAACUCUGGAGAAGAAAACCGACGCAGCUGAAGGGCCCGCAGGCAGCAACAUGCGGCGCAACUCGGUUGGCUCCGACACGACUCCACAUCCGUCCAGGACAGGCGGAAGGCGAGGCACAGACAGAAGAGAGGCCAGCUGUUUGCCGCGAUUUGACAGAGAUAUCCGAGUUCACAAGGGGCACUGCUGCGCUUCUACACCCACUUCUAACAGAGCGAGGAAGCCCGAAGGGGAGUGCAACAGAACGAGCGAGCUGGAAAGACGGCUCUGUGGAAAGACCAGAGCGCGACGAUUGCCAACUCUGGGAUCGCAUAAUCAAAUUGGCAUGUUUCUCGAGGAUCGGACAGUGAGCACAGGAGGCGAUUCUGUAUGCACACGCAGCAGCCGCUACGAUGGCAGCUGGAAAGACGAUGGAACGUGCCAGGCAAAAUGCAAGGCGACACUGUCAGAGUCGGCGAGACAUGAAACGGCCAGCGAACAGACCGAGAUGCCUCUGUCUCGACUCGACGCAGGUCGGGACAGCCAUGUGCUUCGCUUGGAAUCGGACCAAAGAGUUACUAAUCGAGCGAAUAACGAGAUACAGAGACACGCGCGCGGACAUGGACCCGCACAGGGGGUCAAGUCGUUGCCGACUGGCCUCUUUGACGCGUUUCAGAUUGAAGAAACGGCAUUCACUCAAACAUGUCGCUCCCGAGAAGAAGGCGAGAGGCAGAAGAAAAUCAAAGUAUCUUUUCGAACGACACGCCAACACACGGGUCUCGGCGAUGAUAGUGAACACGUCAAAUCGACGGGGGGCGGCACGCUUGAUCCGAGUCUCUAG